AUGGCAGAAAAUCAGGAAAGCACUAAACUAUCAAAUGAAAAAAGGAACCAGAUUGCACACUGGUUGUUGCAACGUAGUUCGAACGGCAAAUGCAACUACGGGGCGAAGAAGGAGGCCGCCAACAUCUUCAAAACAAGUGAAAGGACCGUUUACACAAUCUGGAAAGAAGCAGCCGCGCAGCAAGCCGUAGGUAUACCUAUAGCAUUAAAGAACAUGAAAAAAGGAUCAACUCACAAAGACAAGUGGAAACUCGAUGCAGAAAAGGUAAAAAAUCUAAGUGUUCUACAAAGAUCAUCAAUUAGAGUGAUGGCAUGUUCAUUAGGUGUUAGUAAGUCACUUCUUCACAAUUGGGUGAAAAGCAAGGAACUUAGACCACAUACCAAUUCCAUCAAGCCGUUCUUAACUCCUCAAAACAAAAAAGCAAGGCUGCAAUGGAGCCUAUCACAGCUUAGUGAUGUGAGUGAGAUGGGAAUGAGGAAAUUCCAAACGAUGUUCAACACUAUACACAUAGACGAGAAGUGGUUUUACCUAACCAAAACUAAGGAUAGGUAUUACCUUUUGCCGAAUGAGAAGGAACCUUAUAGAACUUGCAAAAGUAAGAGAUUUAUUCACAAAAUCAUGUUUCUAUCUGCAAUUGCACGCCCAAUCAUAGAUGAACAGGGGAAUGUGCUUUUUGAUGAAAAAUUGGGCAUCUUUCCAUUCACAAAUGUAGAGGAAGCAAAAAGAAACUCAAAGAAUAGAGCAAAAGGCACUAUGGAGGUUAAACCAAUACCAAACAUCACAAAGAACAUCAUGAGGGACUGCAUGAUCGCUAAGAUACUCAAAGCUAAAGGGGAUAACAACUACACAAUCCCUCAUAUGAAUAAAGAAAGAUUGGAAAGAGCAGGCAUUCUACCAGAAACUCUACAAGUUGAAGAACUCUUAGUGCAGGAGUGUGUGGAGUACCUACAGGGUCUACAAGAUUAUGGCAGCAAUGAGGAGGCAGCACAACAAACCAUGGAGGAAGAAGAGAUGCAACAAAUCAUGGAGGGGUUCAUGCAUGUGCAAAUCAAUUAG